AUGGAAUGCAAGAGGAACAUAUCAGAAUUUCUUCUUAUGGGGCUGUCUUCUAAGCAGAACAUUGAAGUGUUUUGCUUCCUGUUCUUCUCAUUCUGUUACCUUGCCAUCUUGUGUGGGAANCUGCUGAUNCUUAUNUCCAUUAGNUGUAGCUCUCUGUNUAACCAACCCAUGUACUAUUUCCUCAGUCAUUUAUCUUCUAUGGACAUUUUCUAUACUUCCUGUGUGACACCCAAACUGAUUGGAGAUCUGCUAGUGAGAAGAAAAUAUAUCUCUUAUACAAAUUGCAUGCUACAGGUCUUUGCCAUGCACUUCUUUGGAAUGAUUGAAAUCUUAAUCCUGACAGCCAUGGCCUUUGACCGCUGUGUGGCCAUCUGCAAGCCUCUCCACUACAUGGUCAUCAUGAGCAGAAGCAGGUGCCANAUCCUGAUCUGGGCUUCNUGGGUUGGUGGGGCUGCACACUCCUUUUCUCAAUUUUGUUUGCUAAUNUGCUUGCCUUUCUGUGGCCCUAAUGAAAUAGACCACUACUACUGCGACAUUUUCCCUUUGCUGAAAGUUGCCUGUACUGACACCACCAUCACUGGUGUCCUGGUGGUUGCCAAUUCAGGACUGAUUGCUUUAGUAACCUUUGUUAUCUUGUUUGGGUCAUAUGUGGUUAUACUGUUCACAUUAAGGAAUUACUCUGCAGAAGGUAGACAUAAAGCCCUUUCUACCUGUGCAUCUCAUAUUACUGUGGUUAUUUUAUUCUUUGGACCUUCCAUCUUUGCUUACCUCAGACCUCCUACCACUUUCCCUGAGGACAAAAUCUUUGCUCUAUUUUACACCAUCAUUGCUCCUAUGUUCAAUCCCCUCAUAUAUACAUUAAGAAAUACAGAGAUGAAAAAGGCAAUGAAAAAAGUUUGGUGUCAAAACAUAUUUUCAGAAGAGAAGCAUAGUUAG